AUGGCCUCACACCAUGACGAAGACACGAUGCCCGAGGAGACCCAGGGCUACAAGCUGUCCCAGCCCAAGCAGAGCUUAGCUGAAUAUCAACAGAUGGACUCGAACGACGAGUCCCUCCAACGGUACAAGGAGUCCCUCGGCCUCACCGGCGGCAAGGACCUCUCCGACCCCAGCGACCCCCGCGUCUGCAUCAUCGAGGCCCUGGCCAUGGACUCGCCCGGCCGCUCCCCAGUCACCAUCGACCUCUCCACGGCCGGGAGCGAGAGCACCCUCAAGGACAAACCCUUCAAGAUCAAGGAGGGCGCAAAGUUCACCAUGUCCGCCACCUUCCGCGUCCAGCACGAGAUCCUGAGCGGCCUGCACUACGUCCAGAUCGUGAAGCGCAAGGGCGUCAGGGUCUCCAAGGACAGCGAGAUGAUCGGCUCUUACGCUCCCAAUACCGACAAGCAGCCUGUCUACACCAAAAAAUUCAACGAGGAAGAGGCCCCCUCCGGCAUGCUGGCCCGUGGCCACUACAACGCAGUCUCCUCUUUCGUCGACGACGACAAGAAGGAGCACCUGAAAUUUGAGUGGUCCUUCGAUAUCUCCAAGGACUGGGAGUAG